GUGUUUAACUUUAAUCUAAUCGCAGACGCGUCGCCAAAACUAAGUCUCAAGUAGUUAAAAUUAACUGUCGGCCAGCAAAAGUACUGCACACGCUUUCCCCCGGUCAGCCGCCGUCAUCAACAAACAAAAACGUCGCGCGCGCGGGCAAUUGGAUCGCUUGGCUCUUCUAUUCAAUGUGUUGUGUGCAGUGUUGUGUGUUGUGCGGUUCAGUUCAGUUCAGUUUUAGUUAGCGUAUCGCGGCGUAAGCGACGCUCCGCUCCGCUCACAUUUAUUUUUAAACAAAACAACGGCAAACAAAACAGCGGCAUCAUUUUCCAAUUGCAAUUCAAAGUGUUAAACGCUGGAAAGUGCCCAACAAAGUAAUAGCAAUACCACACACACAAGCACACACACACACACAUUCCUUUGUGGCUGUGAAAGAAAGCGAGAGCAAGAGAGAACGAGUGUCUGCACUCUGUCUGCGACCAAUUGAUUUUUCACCAAAAUAUUUAGCCAGCCAACCCCCCCCCACAGCAAAUAGCCGGCGACUAUUUGACCCCCUUGGCUCGCCGCGCGUCCCCCGUCGCUACGUUCCAUACGCCCUUGCGCCCACACAUACAGACCAUAACCUCAAAACAGCUGUUGCGCUGCGCUACAAUAGGCAACGUGUAUAAGUGAAACGGCAACAACAACAACCAAUAAUUGUAAUAAGAACAACAAGAACGGCAACAACAACAAUAGGAACAUCAUCAUCAUCAUCAUGAAGAUGGACAUCGAAGCGCUGUGCAAUGAAUGGAAUGAACUCAAUCGCGAGUACACAGAGCUUGAGACGUGCAACAGACGCUACAUUGAGCUGCUGGAACAGCUGUACAGUCAUCAACAAAAAUGCUUCAACGAGAUCAAACAUCAACGCUAUCGCAUGAAUCAAAUAACGGCCUCGUUACGACAAUUUCCGUCGCCCGGUGGGCCAUCGGAUAAGGAGAAGCUCGAUGAUCUGGUAAAGAUGUCGCUGAAGCGGAAGGCGCAGUUGCAUGAAAUUGAGCAAUCGCUGCCGGCAAAAUCGGGUCGUUACUUGCAGAUUAUCCUGGGCGAUGUGAACGUCUCAAUUCUGAACAGAAACGACAAAGUUCGCUACAAAGAUGACUAUGAAAAGUUUAAAUUAAUACUCAACGUUAUUGGCCUGAUAAUGGCAUUCUUCAAUUUGAUAUUUAACUACAGAGCUCUGGAAUUGGCCUUCAUCUUUCUGCUGGUUUGGUACUAUUGCACACUGACCAUUCGCGAGUCCAUUCUGAAGGUGAAUGGCUCCAGGAUCAAGGGCUGGUGGCGUGCCCAUCACUUCAUAUCGACGGUGGCCGCUGGUGUUUUGCUCGUUUGGCCCCAAGGCGAACACUGGCAACUCUUUCGCCAGCAGUUCAUGUACUUCAAUGUGUACAUCAGCAUUGUCCAGUAUUUGCAGUUUGGCUACCAGAAGGGUCUGUUGUAUCGACUUAAGGCGCUCGGCGAGCGUCACAACAUGGACAUCACCAUCGAGGGUUUCCAUUCGUGGAUGUGGCGCGGUCUGAGCUUCCUCUUGCCCUUCCUGUUCAUCGGCUAUGCCUUCCAGGCGUACAAUGCCUGGACGCUCUACAAGCUCGCCUACACGCCCCCCGAUGCGCCGUGGCAUGUGUCGGUGAUGUCCGGUCUGUUCCUGUUGCUCUUCGUCGGCAACAUGGCCACCACGUUGUGGGUGGUGCCUGAAAAGAUACGCGAGCGUGCCAAGGAACGCUAUCGCCUGCAGUCCAUGGGCAAGUCGAUGAAGCUGCGCAAGGAGAUGAAGAACAGCGCCAGUGACUUGGACCUUUCGGCCAGUUCCCCCACUGUGGCAUCAACAGCAGCAGCAGCAACCACACCAAUAACAACAACAGAUGCGGCAGCAACAACUACAGAAGCUGCCACAACGCCAACGGAGUCCGAGAAGAAGGCCAACUAAACAACACUGAACACUGAGAAACUGUGGCAUUUUGAGAGAUUCAAGUUCUCAAUCACACUAUCUAUAUAUAUAUGGUAUAUAUGUAUAUAUAAAUGCAUAUAUAUAAUAUACAACAAAUGUAUACUUUUUUUUUCUUUCGCUCGCGAACCCUUAAUUUAUUAAUUUAACUGUUAAGUUGAAAGUUUUCACACCCCCCCCGUUUCGGUUUAUCGCGCGUUUAUUGAUUAUGCUCUCUCUUAGCUAAGCAACAGCAAAAUAGCAAGUGAAGAAAAUAGAGAAAAACGACAAACAACAACAACUACUGUAAAUUUAUAUACCAACUAUGUACAUUUAUAUAUUUUUUUCCGUGUUUAUAAGUAUUUUUUUUUAUUAUGAUUAUUAUUAUUAUUACUAUUAUUAUUGCUAUCCUCGCUUGUAGUCAGAAAAGAAUGAGAAGCAAAAGUGAUGGAGAAAAAUGUGAAAUGUGAAAUGAAAUUGUAAAGUUUUGUGCGCCAGAGAAGCGAAUUGAUAUUGAAUGAAAAGAAAUUGCACUACACAAGAAAAUAAACAAAAAUAAACAGUGGCAAAAUGGCAACAACAAAAUGACACAAACAACAAUAACAACAA